CAGCCCCUCUUGUCUUCUCAGACUGACUACAUCUGAAGGCAACGAUGAAACAUCUCCUGGCCUUGCUGGUAAUGCUGGGGUCUUUUCAGCAUGCCUUAGCUGAAUCAUAUUCUUGCUCAGCCUCUGAGUUUAAACUAGAUGGAGAAUACAUAUUGGGAGGCCUUUUCGACAUUCAUCAUCGCAACAGCUCAGUUGUUUACAACCGACCGGUGAUUGUGGAUUGCUCUCGACAGUCGUUUACCUUGUCAAGUUAUCGGAUGUUUCAGGUGAUGAGGUUCGCUGUACAAGAGAUCAAUAACUCCAGCCUCAUCCUGCCCAAUGUAUCGCUCGGUUAUGAGAUAUUCGACCACUGCUCAGACAAAUUCAACUUUCAGACCAUCUUAAAUAUGAUCUCCAGAAAUGGAUCAAUUCAAGUUCUGAGGUGCGUCAACGAGUAUCUGUCCAAAGUCAUAGCUGUGGCCGGUCCAUUUAGAAGCAUGGAGUCUAUGACUGUUGCUCCCAUGUUUGCGAUGAAUCUAAUUCCCAUGGUAAAUUAUGGGUCCUCCAGUUCUGUUUUAAGCGACAAGUGGAAAUAUCCCUCAUUCCUGCGAACCACAGCUAGUAACAAAGACUUAAUACAUCUGAUCAUUCUGAUUAUACAGCACUUUAAUUGGAACUGGGUUGCAUUUGUCAGCAGCGGCGAUGAGAACAGCCAAAAUGGCCUCCAGCUGUUCAAAAGCAAGCUGAAAGACACGAAGAUCUGCUUGGCUUAUGCAAAAGAGCUCAACGAAAUGUCUGAUCACUAUGAAAUACUUCAACAGUUAGAGGGUCUUAGCAUAGAGGUCAUUAUAGUUUUUGCCGGGCAGAGCAGCGCUGUUGCGUUAAUUAAAUCAGCAAUCAAGCACAACAUACACAACAAAGUGUGGAUUGCAGGCGACAGUUGGUCCUUGAACAAGAACCUCCCCAGAUUGAGUGGAAUCAAGGCGAUUGGCACCAUCAUUGGAAUAACAGAGACAGUGAUGCCAUUACCUGGGUUUAAGGAUUUUGUCUAUUUGUCCCAAACACAAAGGAAUAAUAGGCCUUCAACCUGUGAACAAACACCAUCCAGACAAACAUGUAAUCAAGCUUGUGACCUCUGUAGUGAUGUGAGCCCAGAAGAGAUCAUCGGUGAAAACCCAUCAUAUUCUUUCGCAACUUACUCUGCCAUUUAUGCUAUGGCCCACGCGUUACAUAAUUUGUUACUAUGUGACAUUAAGGGAUGCAGAGACAAUGUAACUGUGUAUCCAUUUAUGCUUCUCCGAGAAUUAAAGAGGUCAAAUUUCACAAUAUUGAACCGGCAUAUUGAGUUUGACAGCAAUGGAGACCCGACAUCUACUUCUUAUGCUAUUGUUUUCUGGAACCAGAGUGGCCAGGCCGAGAAAGUUGGCUCUUAUGAAACUGAUCCAACAGUUGACGUUCCCUUCUCUAUCAACAACACUCAAAUUCACUGGUAUGCUGACCAAGUGCCCGUCGCACGCUGUUCCCCUGAAUGUUCAGAAGGAUUUGCAAAGAAGAUAGAUGGACUCCAUCAAUGUUGUUUCCAGUGUAACGUCUGCCCUGGUAUGACUUAUGUCAACUACACAGACGACCCAUACAGCUGCAUCGACUGUAGGAAGACAGAGUGGUCCAAACCAGGAAGCACCUUUUGCACACAGCGUUCAGUGGAGUAUAUACUUUUCACAGACCCUAUCGCCAUCACACUCAUGUUUUCCACAGGCGUCCUGUUAGCGCUAACACUAGCCAUUGUCAUUCUUUUUGCACUGAACUAUGACAAGCCGGUUGUUAAGUCUGCCGGUGGGCCAAUGUGUUUCCUUCUUCUGGGCUGCUUGAGUGCAAGCAGUAUCAGUGUGUUCUUUUUCUUUGGGAAACCAACAGUGACCAAUUGUGUGUUGAGGUAUUUUCUAUUUUUGUUGUUCUAUACUGUCUGUUUAGGCUGUUUCGCUGUGCGCUCCUUUCAAAUAGUGUGCAUUUUCAAAAUGGCCACCAAGUUCCCUAAGAUUCACAGCUGGUGGGUGAAGCACAAUGGACAGUGGUGGCUCAUAGCCAUAGUCUUUGUUCUUCAGCUGUUGUUGCUUACAACAGUGUUCACUGCCAGCCCUCCCACACCAGUCAGUGACAUGACAUCAUACAGAGAUCAAAUAAUACUGAAGUGUGCCAUGAGAAGAACAGUGAUCAUGUUCUUGUUAUUGACUAUAGUCUUGGCAAGUCUUUGCUUUAUUUUCUCAUACAUGGGGAAAGACCUGCCCAAAAACUACAAUGAGUCCAAAGCAAUCACCUUGUACCUGCUUUUCCUUAUACUUACAUGGAUCACUUUCUGUACAGCAAGCAUAUUAUACCAUGGUAAAUAUUUACAGUUAUUCAAUGCAAUGUCAGUGCUUUCCAGUUCAUACAGCAUCCUCUUCUGCUACUUUCUCCCGAAGUGCUACAUCAUUAUCUUUCAGCCGCAGAAAAAUACACAACAGCAUUUCCAAGGGAUCAUCCAACGUUAUACUCAAAACAUCAGUAGUAAGUAGUUGAAAAUAGUUCAUUUCAACUGUUUUACUGAAUCAAGGAAAUUAUUUUCUUGAUAGAAUUGUUUACUAGUAUUGAUUAAUCUUACCCCUUGACUUUUUCAACAUUUUGUUGUCUUACAGCCUGAAUCUAUAAAGGAUUAAAUUGAGAUUUUGGGUCGCUGGCCUACACACCUCAUAAUACCCCAUAAUGUCAAAUUGGAAUUAUGUUUGUAAAAAUAUUUACUAAUUAAUAAAAAAAAUGAAACGAUGAAAUGUCUUGAAUCACUAAGUAUUCAAGCCCUUUGUUAUGACAAGUCUAAAUAAUUUCAGGAGUAAAAAGUUGUUUAACAAGUCACGUAAUAAGUUGCAUGGAAUUGAACAUGAUUUUAGCAUGACUACUUCAUCUCUGUACACUUUGGAUGGUAUAUACAUCAUGGAGGCUGCUGAGGGGAGGACAGCUCAUAAUAAUAGCUGGAACGGAGUAAAUGGAAUGGCAUUUAACACAUGGAAACCAUGUGAUUGAUGUAUUUGAUAACAUUCCACCUAUUAAGGUGCCACAAACCUCCUGUAGUAUCAAUACAUCCAGUCACUACAAAGAUAUAGGCGUCCUACCUAACUCAGUUGCUGGAGAGGAAGGAAACUGCUCAGGGAUUUCACCGUGAAGCCAGUGGUGACUAUAAAACAGUUACAGGGUUUAAUGGCUGUGAUAGGAGAAAACUGAGGAUGGAUCAACAACAUUGUAGUUUCUCCACAAUAUUCCACAAUACUAACCUAAUUGACAAUACUAACCUAAUUGACAAAGUGAAAGAAAGAAGCCUGUACACAAAAAAAAAAUUAUUUCAUUUUUUUUUUAUUUCACCUUUAUUUAACCAGGUAGGCUAGUUGAGAACAAGUUCUCAUUUGCAACUGCGACCUGGCCAAGAUAAAGCAUAGCAGUGUGAACAGACAACACAGAGUUACACAUGGAGUAAACAAUUAACAAGUCAAUAACACAGUAGAAAAAAAAUGGGCAGUCUAUAUACAAUGUGUGCAAAAGGCAUGAGGAGGUAGGCGAAUAAUACAAUUUUGCAGAUUAACACUGGAGUGAUAAAUGAUCAGAUGGUCAUGUACAGGUAGAGAUAUUGGUGUGCAAAAGAGCAGAAAAGUAAAUAAAUAAAAAAUAAAAAAACAGUAUAAAAACAGUAUGGGAAUGAGAUAGGUGAAAAUGGGUGGGCUAUUUACCAAUAGACUAUGUACAGCUGCAGCGAUCGGUUAGCUGCUCGGAUAGCUGAUGUUUGAAGUUGGUGAGGGAGAUAAAAGUCUCCAACUUCAGCGAUUUUUGCAGUUCGUUCCAGUCACAGGCAGCAGAGUACUGGAACGAAAGGCGGCCAAAUGAGGUGUUGGCUUUAGGGAUGAUCAGUGAGAUACACCUGCUGGAGCGCGUGCUACGGAUGGGUGUUGCCAUCGUGACCAGUGAACUGAGAUAAGGCGGAGCUUUACCUAG